CGGAAGUAGCUGUCCCAGCCACUUUUAAUGUAGCUAACAUUAAUUUUUCGUACAUUACUUUUUCUAACGAUUAAUGAGACAUUAGUGCAGUUCUAAACAUCGAAAUGGUUAUAUAAUUAUACGUUUGGGUCACUUUUGUUCAAGAAUUAACGAAAAAUAUUCCUUUUUUGGGGGGGUAAGUAAUAGUGUUAGCUCUGCCGCCCACCUACUCACACACAUUACGUAACCGUGCGCGCUCCCGCGUAAAGAUGGUGGCGCUUGUUACGUGUCGUUAGGAACCCACGCCUUUUACUCCUCCACGCCGGGAGUCCUUGGCAGUAGUCAGCCGGCGUGUGGGAGCCACCUGUGCCCGCCAGCCUCCUCCAUCGCGGCGCGAGCAGCGGAGGCGGCGCCGUGCGCGCUCCCGACCCAGGCGCGCCGGAGAGCGAGUGCGCGGGCACAGUGCAGGGAGAGGAGCCUCGGAAGUGUGCUAACCGGAUGUGGGGGCAGUGCCAUGCCGACGACAUGCUCUUGGAUCCAGAGGAGCGGCUGCCUUCGGCGGCUUAUUAGACCGGCAGAGGACACCCGCAGCAGGGAACAGACGUGGGUUGAAAAGAGAAGAAGAGCGUGGCCAAGGACCGCGGUCCGUUUGGAAGAAGUCCAAAAAACUGUCGAGAGAAUCAACAGCGAGAUGACGCAACCAAACUUGAUAGUUGAUACCGGUACUCGAUUGGCUGUUUAGCGUGUCCCGCCCAUUGCUCACUGACCGCUCCAAAGGCAACGUGCGGUUGCAGAACAACAGCAUCAUGGAGGCGGGCUGCGUGGUUGCCGCGGUGAUCGAGAACGCUGCCUCAGGACCCCGGGGGGAACCAGGAAGUAGUCAUGUCCUUGAGGGAGACGUGGCACCAUUCAGUCACUUGAACAAAGGCGAUGUCUUACCUCAAGCUACCGGCAGCAGUCCUGCAGAUGAGAGACAACCACAGGAGAUACAGGUAAGGAGCAAUGACAUCACAGAGCGUGCGGCCGAGCCCCUACUGAGGUCCUGCGUCAGCACAGCGAGCAUGAAGGUCAAGAACGUGAAGAAGCUGACGUUCCCCAGAGGUCACUUUCCCCGCCUGGAAGACUGCGCCCAUUUCCACUAUGAGACUGUUGACUUUGGGAACGUUGAGCUGGCCUUUGCAGAGGGGCAAAGUGAAGGACCAAAGGCGGGACAGGACUCCAAAGAACUGCUCUUUCUUGUCCAGAUCACCUGCCAGGCGCGAAACUGGAUGGUGAAGAGAUCCUAUGAGGUUCGUGUGCUGGACAAACAUCUGCACUUGUGCAUCUACGACCGCCGCUACUCGCAACUCACCGAGCUGCCAAAAUACGACCCAGUGAGGGACACAGCUGAGUCAGUAACCAAGAUGUUGGCCACCUACUUGUCCCGCUUCUCAGCCAUCGCUGACAACAAGAUCAACUGUGGUCCAGUUUUAACAUGGAUGGAGAUCGACAACAAGGGCAACCAUCUUCUGGUGUCUGAGGAGGCGUCCAUCAAUGUCCCCGCAAUCGCUGCCGCCCACGUUACGAAACGCUACACAGCUCAAGCUACCGACGAGUUGACUUUCGAGGUGGGGGACAUUGUGUCCGUCAUCGACAUGCCUCCCAUAGAGGACACCGGCUGGUGGAGAGGGAAACAUGGCUUUCAGGUGGGUUUCUUCCCAUGUGACUGUGUCGAGCUGAUAAACGACAAGAUCCCUCCCAGUGUUGAAAGCUCAGUGCCCAAACCAGUGUGUAAGAAGCACGGAAAGCUAGUUACUUUCUUGAGGUCCUUUAUGAAGUCGAGACCGCCGCCGCAGAAGCUACGCCAGCGUGGAAUCCUCCGGGAGCGAGUGUUUGGCUGCGACCUGGGCGAACACCUUCACAACUCCCAGCACGAAGUCCCUCAAGUUGUUAAGAGCUGCGCUGAGUUCAUCGAGAAGCAUGGGGUUGUGGAUGGAAUCUACAGGCUGUCUGGGAUCUCGUCCAACAUCCAGAAACUCAGACACGAGUUUGACUCCGAGCAGAUCCCCGACCUGAGCCGAGACGUCUUCAGACAGGACAUCCAUUCGGUGGGCUCCCUCUGCAAGCUGUACUUCCGAGAGCUCCCCAACCCUCUGCUCACCUACCAGCUGUACGACAAGUUCUCAGAGGCUGUGUCUGCACCCACGGAUGAAGAGAGACUGGUUAAAAUCCACAACGUCAUCCAGCAGCUGCCUCCUCCACAUUACAGGACGCUGGAGCACCUCAUGAGACAUCUCUCCCGCCUGGCCACAUUCAGCUCGGUCACCAACAUGCACACUAAAAAUCUGGCCAUCGUCUGGGCGCCAAACCUGCUCAGGUCCAGACAAAUCGAGUCGGCGUGUUUCAGCGGCACGGCGGCCUUUAUGGAGGUGCGCAUCCAGUCCGUUGUAGUAGAGUUCAUCCUCAACAACACGGAGGCGCUCUUCAGCUCCAAACUCAACGCCAUCAUACGGGAAAGCACCGGUAACAGCACCUUAUCGAGACCCAAGUCUCUGCUGGUCUGCUCGCCGUCCACAAAGUUACUGUCUCUGGAGGAGGCCCAAGCACGCAGUCAGGCCCAGCUGAACUCCCCUGCCACCACCCCGUGCCUCACCCACAGUGACUACAUAGAGGUGGGGGAAGGACCCGGAGCGCUGCUGGGCAAGUUCCAUACGGUCAUCGAGAUCCCGCUAGAAAGUGUCAAACGGGCUCCUUCUAAGACCAAGAAGUCUCCCGUGGGAAACUGGCUGUCCUUCUUCCACCUGGGCAAGUCCAACUCUGUGUCCAAGCGUAAACUAAAGCGACAUCCCAGUGAGCCCAACGAGAUAAAGAGCAUCGCACUGCCAGGAGGGAGAGGUGACAGCGGUACGUUGCGUUCCACUAAAAGUGAAGAAUCUCUCAACUCUUUGCAUAAUAUGGAAGGAGAGCCUCCAAAGUACCACCACCUCCGCCCUCGUUCCACAAGUGAGGCCAUUUCUGCAUCGACUCGAGGAGACUUGUGCAGGAGCAUCAGAAAACUCCCUUUCAGUCCCAACGGUGAAGACGGCGCCGCUGUUUCAACUCCGCACCAGGAGGACGACAUUGACCUCCGGCCGCCGGCUGCUGGCAUCUCCACCCUGGACUUUGACCCCAUGUCCUUCCAGUGCAGCCUGGCCUCGGCGACGCCCCAGCAUCAACGCGGCAAAGUGAGAAACAGCGCCGGGUGUUCCAGCGAAUCGGAUCCCGUCACCUCUCCGGACAACAUCAACAGUCCUCUGUCUCCAGAGCUUAGCCCUCCUUUUACGAAAGCGCUGACGUCUGACGGGCCUUUGGCAGAUGGGAAGGACUCCCGAGCGCCUUACCGACAUUACAACCCGCUCAGCGCGGCGAGCCAAGCCUCGGCCAUGACGGAGUCUACACAGAACCUGCCUGAUCCAGGAACAGAUAGACUCAUGAGUUCAGUGUCUAUUCUCCCUCCUCACCCCUCCCCGACGAGCGCCGCACGCAAGUUGGCCUUGGCGCUGGCCGAGUCGGCGCAGAAGGCCAGCCGCGGCUCCCAGAGACAAAGAAGCCACCGGGCUCAUCCCCUCCAAAGACAGGAAGCUCAGGACAGACCCCCUCGGCCCUCUGCCCUGGAUCUCAACGUCUACACGCAGCGGUGGGUGCCGGAGGACAGCUUCCGUGCCUUCCAAUUCCUGCCCGCACACGCCUACUCGCAGCCGCCGCAGAACAGUCCGUGUAAUUUCACUCCUAAUGUCAGCCCGCUGGGGUCCGGGAGCUUGGAUGAGGGCAGUGCAGAAAGGAGGGGUUUUGAUGUCACACCAGAAGGACCCACCUACCACAGUGUGGGCGUGUCGACACCGACCGAGCCUGUCUGCUCCGCCCACAGCCCCAUAGCCUCUCCCAUAUACGCCAACACGGACACCAUCGAUGUCUUUAAUUUCCGCGCGGUCCUUGCCGAGACCGCCAUGCCCGCCUCGAUCGAGGAAGUCCUUCCGCGGCCGUUCCAGUCCCCGUCAGCCCACCGCUACGGUGACGUCUACCGCAAUCUCCAUCGUCAGCACGUUCAACCCGCCAAGAUGUUUAGGUACCCUCAGCCCGUCGCUUUGCCCCGUCACGUCUUGGGACCGAGACACGUGUACAGGCAGUCCUCGGAGAACCGCUACAGCUCCUCAGGCUUAGGCCUCCCUCUCUCACCCCAGUACAGACACUACCAGCGAGGGGAGCACCUUAUGGGUGCCAGACAGCGACCACAGAGCCCCUGGCCGAGGUCAGAUGACGGACUUGCCCCGCACCCCGCCAUCAGGAGGGCUCGCUCCUUCCACGCCCCGCAGAUCAGUCGCUACGAGUUAGACGCCAUGUUGCCUGGCGCCAUGUUUUUUUCCGAGCAGGAGGCGCCCUACCAGAGGCCGCUUCACUUUGAGGAUGUGCUACCCAACAACCCCUACUCGGACCUGAGCCCCGGCGACGUGCCCCGUUAUCCUUUAGAUCCCUUCCAAUGCGGCAGUAUUCGCCAAAAUCAGCCUUACAGGACGCCGCCCGCGAAGGAAAGUGUGGGAUUCUACCACUACUCUCCUCGCCACGGCCGCCCCCAAGACGUGGGGCUGUAUGUGGAAAGGGUUGCCUGUCAGAAGCCGGGGAACGAAAGUGGGCGUAAAAACACGUACUCGUCGCCAUCGCCCUACAACAGUCCCGUCUCUCCGGCGGACUCGACGGGAAGGGAGAUCAUGCACAUAAGGAGCAAGUCGGAUCCUGGAAACGGGAUCCUGUCUGCAGACAGAAGGGAAAGCCAAACAGCCGUAAAGGCUACAUCGCCAGGGUCCCACCUGGGGGAGCACGAAAUCGCCCGACCGUCGGCGAAGCCAGGGCCGCCCCGGCGCGUCGUCAAAAGCAGCGCCCCGCAGCAGGCGCCGCUCCGUAAAAUCCCGUCGCUUCCCGAGAGGAGCUUCGCUAAACUGGCGCAGCACGGCGACGGUAGCCAAACACGCGGCCACAAGCCGGAUCAGCCACAGACGGCCGGCGGUGGCGGCGGCGGCUACAGAGCGCCGACGAGAGCCGACGUCCUCAGGAGACCCGAGCGCUCGCACAGCACGAGAGAAAGUCGCCACCAUCACGCCAAAUCGCCGCGGGAUGGCGAACACGCCGGGUCCUUUUCCACCCAGCCCAACAGAAGGACUCAGAGCACUAAAGUCAGGCCCACACAAAAUGACCACAUGCUGGGGGGAUACCACGCCGCUCCCAGGCCUAAACCCACAAGAGCCAGUAAAGCCGGGCCAGGCUACUCGCCCGGACGGGAUGAGGGCGCCCCCCACGGACACAGAUUGAUGUCCAAGGCUGUGGCUCAGGAAGCUUUUUAUCAUUCCGCAGUAAGAACUCAAGCUGGAGUCCGUGAGUGACGACUCUUUUAUUUUUUUAAUGCGAGUCCACACUGGGGCCAAAGGAGAAGAGCACUUUAUCCUCUGCCAGACCAUCAGACUGUUUCACUCAAAGUCUUUAUUGUAAACCUUCAGGAGCUGCUAGGUCGUGUCACCUUCACCAAUGAUUCUUUCCUGUAAGGGAUCAAAAAAAACAAAAUCACAAGGGAAUACAAGGUACACUUUUAUCAUUUUGGAUGUUUAAGUAUGCUUAAGAAUGUGUAUGGAGUAACUUUAAAAAGAUAGCACGGUAUGGGCCUGAUCUACUAACACGUAUUAAAACGUGCAAACUUGAUAGCGUACGCAAAUCUACUAAACUGGUGGUCUUUUAAGUGAGUAAAAUAAGGAGAUCCAUUUAGCGUCUGUCCAUUUAGAAUAUAACACACACACAAUACUGGAAAAAAAUACUUUUAUAAUCAUUUAGGCAAGGUAAGUUUAUGUAUGGAGCACAAUUCGUACACAAGGCAGUUCAAAAUGCUUUACAGAAAAUUACAAGAAGGCAAAAAUCAAAAUAAUAAAACAAUCAUAAUUCAAAUCAAUCAAAUAGGGUAUUUUAAAAUACUUUCAGUUGUCAUACAAACAAUUAAAUCUGUGUUUUCAGCCUGGAUUUGAACAUUGCCAUCUUCUGGUAGACUAUUCCAGAUUUCCAGUGUGACUUAGCAAGACUAAAAACUAGAGAUGUCCAAUAAUGUCCGAUAAAUGCUUCAAAAUGUAAUAUCGGAAAUUAUCGGUAUCGGUUUCAAAAAGUAAAAUGUAUGACUUUUUAAAACGCCGCUGUGUACACGGACGUAGGGAGAAGUACAGAGCGCCAAUAAACCUUAAAGGCACUGCCUUUGCGUGCCGGCCCAAUCACAUAAUAUCUACGGCUUUUCACACACACAAGUGAAUGCAAGGCAUACUUGGUCAACAGCCAUACAGGUCACACUGAGGGUGUACCGUAUAAACAACUUUAACACUGUUACAAAUGUGCGCCACACUGUGAACCCACACCAAACAAGAAUGACAAACACAUUUCGGGAGAACAUCCGCACCGUAACACAACAUAAGCACAACAGAACAAAUACCCAGAACCCCUUGCAGCACUAACUCUUCCAGAGCAUGUCCCAAAUUCCAAGCUGCUGUUUUGAGGCAUGUUUAAAAAAAAUAAUGCACUUUGUGACUUCAAUAAUAAAUAUGGCAGUGCCAUGUUGGCAUUGUUUUCCAUAACUUGAGUUGAUUUAUUUUGGAAAACCUUGUUACAUUGUUUAAUGCAUCCAGCGGGGCAUCACAACAAAAUGAGGCAUAAUAAUGUAUUAAUUCCACGACUGUAUAUAUCAGUAUCGGUUGAUAUCGGAAUCUGUAAUUAAGAGUUGGACAAUAUCGGAAUAUCGGAUAUCGGCAAAAAAGCCAUUAUCGGACAUCUCUACUAAAAAUGUAACUGCGGGAGCUGUUUUGCGUCUGUAUUUAGUUUGUCUAAAAAGGACGUGCAAACUGGCAGUUGUAAUAAUAAUAAUAAUAAUAAAUACUUUUAUUUGUAAAAGCAUUUUACAUUGAACAAACAACCUCAAAGUGCUACAGUGCAUUUAAAAAACAACAACGCUAGAACUACAAACAGCUGCUAGUAGCUGGCAGUUGUGCAGGAAUAGCUGUCAGAAAAGAGGCAAGCGUGCUGCAACAUUUAUUUAGAAGGAAUUCAAUUGAUGCUUUUUUCCAUAUAUACACUGUAUAUGAAAAAAACCCUUGCACUAUGCAUUUUUUUGUUCCAGGAACAUUCCAGCCUCUCCCAAUAGCGCACAAAAUAAAAGAGUUGCACUGCAUGACUUCUUCUAAAAUGCCCAUAAAGAGCGGUACACGAAGGUUUUUUGCAUGUUUUGAACACGAAUUUGCAGUAAAUGAGCGUCUCCAUGGUGAAAAGCCGCGUAGCACAAGCCAAAACCUCAUUUAAAUAAGGCAGUGUACGCCAGUUACACGCAGUCUUAGUAGAUCACACGCAACACACCCACUAAUCGUAGACGCAAUUUUAUAGUUUGCACAUGGUAUUUGUAUCUUAGUAGGUCAGGCCCUUAGUUUUGUAUGAGGACACACAGCUAACAUGUGUACUGUACAUUGUGCCACACUAUCAUUGCAGUCUGCUCCGCCUCCAAGCACUUUUGACCAGUCUUAAUAAUGGAUCCACCUGACGUACACCAAAACCUCUUGAUACAGUAUAAAAAAAACAGUUUAUAUUUUUCUGCGUGAAACCGCUUGCUGACUUGGAAAUGUUGUGAAAUGUGUAACAAAAAAAAACAAAACAAAAAAAAGGACUUUUCAAGGAGUGAAACGGGAAUGAACCUCAUUGUAAUCGCUGACUUUGGUUUCAGUCCAUGUUUUAAAAUGCAAUGAAAUGGUUAAUAUAAUGCUACCUUACACAUUUUAUUUACGCAGCUCGCCCUGUGAGAAGACUAUAUUUUGUACGCCGGUGUUGUUUUGUCAAAAAUACUAAUAUUAUUCUUUUUGGAGAGCAAUGUUGUGUUUGACAUAAAUUAUUCUGAUGUUUUACUCAUUAAGUUAUGUUGAUAGUUAUUCUAACAAGACAUGUUCAGUACAUUCAUUUAGUGGUUGUCUUAAAGAGAAUAAAUAUAUUAGCAUACUAGUUUGGUCGAUUUGUUCAUUAAUCUCACCAGGAGGUUAGAUGGGGGGCCACAUGGAGACAAAUCUACUCCCAAGUGGGCCGGACUGGUAAAAUCACGGCACGAUAACUUAAAAACAAAGACAACUUCGGAUUGUUUUCUUUGUUUAAAAGCAGAACAAGCACAUUGUGAAAAUGUACAAAUCAUAACGUUGUUGGGUUAUUUUUUACACUUACGUUUAAUCAUUUAUUUGUCGUUAUUUAUAUUUUCUGAAUAAAU